GUUUCAACAUAAUGUUGCUGAUUCAAAUGUUAGGAUGCACUAUAACUCUAUGCUUGGAAAGCUUUCAAACGCUCGAAUCGGUAACUGGGGAAAAAGAUGAAUUCUUCUUGCUAGAACUCGGAUGUGCUGCAUUUUACGUCUGUUAUAUCCUAGUUCAACUUUAUCUUUAUUGUUACGUAGGAGAAAGACUUCUUUCAGAGAGUACAGGAAUGGCGUCGGCAGCCUACGAAUGCGAAUGGUACAACUUAUCACCGAACGAAGCAAAAUGUCUCAUACUGAUCAUGCGUCGUGCAAGAUCGCCCUUGCGCAUUACAGCUGGAAAGUUCUGUUCCUUCAAUCAUGAACUGUUCAGCGAAGUCGUUAGAACAUCAAUGGGCUAUUUAUCCGUUCUCUAUGCAGUUAAAAGCGAAGAUUGAAAUUAAAUUGACAAUAA